GCAUCUUGCCCAUCACCCACCACCACUCACUUUCUCCUUCCCUUUCCUUCCUCCGCUCCAAAAAAUGGCCGAUGAAGUAAAGAGGGUCAAGUCCCCUAAGGAUUUCGCUGUCGAUUUCCUGAUGGGAGGUGUCUCCGCUGCUGUUGCGAAGACGUCUGCCGCUCCCAUUGAGCGAAUCAAGCUUUUGGUCCAAAACCAGGAUGAGAUGAUCAAACAAGGUCGUCUCUCUCACCCUUACAAGGGCGUUGCCGACUGCUUCUCUCGCACCUACAAGGAUGAGGGGCUCCUCUCUCUCUGGCGUGGUAACACCGCCAACGUCAUCCGUUACUUCCCAACGCAGGCGUUGAACUUUGCCUUCAAGGAUUACUUCAAGUCCCUCUUCGGCUUCAAGAAGUCUGAGGGUUACUGGAAAUGGUUCGCUGGCAACGUUGCCUCCGGUGGUGCUGCUGGUGCAUCGUCCUUGCUCUUCGUCUAUUCCCUCGACUACGCUCGUACCCGUCUCGCUAACGAUGCCAAGUCCGCAAAGGGUGGAGGAGCUCGUCAAUUCAACGGUCUAGUUGAUGUCUACAAGAAGACCCUCGCGUCUGAUGGUAUUGCUGGUCUCUACCGUGGAUUUGUCCCCUCGGUUGUUGGCAUCAUCGUUUACCGUGGUCUCUACUUCGGUGUCUACGAUUCGCUUAAGCCUGUCGUUCUUGUCGGUUCGCUCGAGGGUUCCUUCUUCGCCUCCUUCUUGCUCGGUUGGGGUGUUACUAUCGGUGCUGGUCUUGCUUCCUACCCUCUUGACACUAUCCGUCGUCGCAUGAUGAUGACCUCCGGCGGUGGCGUCCACUACAAGUCUAUGUUCGAUGCUGGUUCGCAGAUCGUCGCCAAGGAGGGUACCAAGUCGCUCUUCAAGGGUGCUGGUGCUAACAUCCUCCGUGGUGUUGCUGGUGCUGGUGUGUUGUCGCUCUACGAUAAGCUCCAGCAGGUCAUGUUCGGCAAGGUCUACUCCGGUGGAUCUGGCUAAAUGCCUCUGGCUGAUAGACGGUCGUGAUGCAUGGGACGCGUGGGGUUGCAUUGAUUCCGCAUGUUCAUUUCCUGGUUUACGACAUCUUUCAAUAGACUCUUUGAUUAUAUCUCUUACUAUUAUCAUCUUGCCUCUAUUCCGAGCUGGGGUGAAUAGUCCUUCAUUGCAAAGUUGCAGUACAUAUGAAAUGCAAUCUGGUUCAUGGGCAAUCCGCAUGUGAACCUGAUUCUAUGGCG